GCCGACGUGGCGGGGCGGGACCCACCGGCCGCUCCCGCGCGCACUCGGCCGGCGGCGGAGCGAUACUAAGAUGGCUGACAUGGUCAGUGACAGCGGAGCUGCUGGAGAUCCAAGAGAAAUUCCUGAGCUGCCUAGUGGCGAUUCUUUUCCUGAGGAUGGCAAAGUGCCCUGUGAUUCAGCUACAGUUUUGCAUGAGCCAAUGCCAGCUGACCCUGGAGGGGCCAUGUGUGAGAAUACAGCCAUGCAGGGUACAGAGACCAUGACCGCUGGGCCCCUGGAGCAACAUGUGGACACCAGGACCAAGGAUCCCCCCAUCCAAGAAGAUGUGACCAAUAACACACUUGCUGAGUGCAUCGAUUCCGUCAGCCUGGAGGCCGACCCUGGAUCUGAAAUACCCCUGAAAGAACAGAGUGACUCGGCCGUGGACUCCACUCCACAGGGAGGAGGCUGGGCAGGCUGGGGCUCCUGGGGAAAAUCUCUGCUCUCAUCCGCCUCCGCCACAGUAGGUCAUGGAUUGACAGCAGUCAAAGAGAAAGCAGGUGCCACCCUCCGGAUUCAUCCUGUCAACCCUGGAUCUUCUGAAGGGGCCCAGUCCACUCCCGAAAACGGGGUACCCGAAACUGCCGAUGUGGCUGCAGAUCCAGGCCCCACAGGAAGCCCACCCACGUCUCCUUCAUCGGGGUCACGGGGCGUGCUGUCAACCCUCACCAAUGUGGUGCAAAACACAGGUAAGAGCGUCCUGACUGGUGGCCUUGAUGCCUUAGAAUUCAUCGGGAAGAAGACCAUGCAUGUCCUUGCCGAGAGCGACCCCGGCUUUAAGAGGACCAAGACCCUCAUGGAGAGAACCGUUUCCUUGUCACAGAUGCUGAGGGAGGCCAAGGAAAAGGAGAAGCAGAGACUGGCACAGCAGCUCACGGUUGAGAGGACCGCCCACUAUGGGAUGCUGUUUGAUGAGUAUCAAGGUCUGUCACACCUGGAAGCCCUGGAGAUCCUGUCCAACGAGAGCGAAAGCAAGGUUCAAUCAUUUUUAGCAUCACUGGAUGGAGAGAAGCUGGAAGUACUGAAAAAUGACCUCAUUUGCAUUAAAGACAUUUUUGCAGCCAAAGACUUAGAGAACGAAGAGGCUCCAGAAGAACCAGGUGCAGAAGAAAAGGGAGAAGAAUUUGCCAGAAUGCUCACAGAGCUCCUUUUUGAAUUACACGUGGCAGCCACACCUGACAAACUCAAUAAGGCCAUGAAGAAAGCUCAUGACUGGGUGGAGGAGGAACAGACCAUGGUGUCAGUAGAUGUGGCCCAAGAGUCAGAGCAGGAAAUGAAGAAGGAAGACAAGGAGGAUAAUCCUGGAAGCUCUCAGGACAAACAGGAAGAGAAGAGAACCAAAAACAUAGAGGAAGUAUACAUGUUAUCCAUUGAAAGUCUGGCAGAAGUUACUGCACGCUGCAUUGAGCAGCUUCAUAAAGUAGCAGAAUUAAUUCUUCAUGGACAAGAAGAAGAAAAAUCAGCUCAGGAGCAAGCCAAAGUUCUGAUAAAGUUAACUACUGCAAUGUGCAAAGAAGUGGCCUCUUUAUCAAAGAAGUUUACCAAUUCCUUAACCACUGUUGGGAGUGACAAGAAGGCGGAGGUCCUGAACCCCAUGAUCAAUAGUGUCUUGUUGGAGGGCUGCAACAGCACCACGUACAUCCAGGAUGCCUUCCAGUUGCUGCUGCCAGUCCUGCAAGUGUCCCACCUCCAGACCAGCUGUACACGGGCAUAGCUGGGACCUUGCCAGAGCCCAGCUGAGGAGAGGAAAUGGUAGGCCGCAUUGCCUCCCUGUGUGUGCCAUCUAAGGGAUGCUCUGCAUCCCAGCCUCAGAAGGCCGAGUGAGGACACUACAAGCAGCUCUGCACAGAUGGGAGCGAGAGGACCAGGAUAAAGAGCAUCAUCGUCUCUUAGUGCCUAUGCUUGUUGAUGAGUAAUUGUAUUUUCUUGAUGUUAAUUUAAACUUAUGUGGCUUACAUGGACAUUUUUUAAAUCUGAUAUUCGUUCACAAACAUUCCUAUCCAUUUUCCUAGUCAAGCAUGCUCUAUCUGGAAAUUGAUGGGCAUACUUGAAAUUUCUAGAAUUCUUUAAAUUUCUGCAUUUCCAUGUCCCAUUCUUACGGUAUGUGAAAUUAAGUCUAAUACUGAACUUUGUCUUAUUACCCAAAUGCCAUGGGCAAAAAUAACACUACUUACAGAUUUUAUCUCUUAUAGCGAAAGAGGAGCCAAGAUAUCUAUAGUCAUUUCUUGCUGUAACAAGCUUUAUUGAGUACCUUCUGUAUGCUCACAAUAAAGAAACAUGAUUUU